AUGUGUCCUGUCAUGUCCUGGCUGCUCUGCCUGUGCCUCUGGGUCAGCGUGACUGUCAUUCAGCAGUGUCAGGCCACUUUCUAUGACACCAUCCAACAGCAUCAUGGGACGAGGCCUGGACGAACCACGAUUCACAUGAUUGAGGGGGGCACAUGUGAAGUAAUUGCUGCUCACAGAUGCUGUAAUAAGAAUCGUAUUGAGGAGCGGUCACAGACAGUCAAGUGUUCCUGUCUGCCGGGGAAGGUGGCUGGAACCACCAGAAAUAGACCUUCGUGUGUGGAUGCAUCCAUAGUAAUUGGGAAGUGGUGGUGUGAGAUGGAGCCUUGCCUGGAGGGGGAGGAAUGCAAGACGCUCCCUGACAACUCAGGCUGGAUGUGCUACGCCGGCAACAAGAUCAAAACCACAAGGAACACUCAGCCAUACACAACAUCAACAUAUUAACACUUUACGGAAAGGAUGCAAGGGAACGCCUCUGGUGCAAAGGUUAACUUGCAGGUCAGCCUCAUCACUUAUAUUAGCACGCUGCACUGUCACAGGACCAAUUAUCACAAGGACAAUGAACCUAUUGUUGCUUUAUGAAAGCACUUCUCAGAUUAAAGUGUAAAAAGAUGUAGAAUACAUAAAGCACAUCCUGCUCAAGGCUACUGAAAAUACUGACGCUCCAAGCUGCCUGCGGGGAACUUCAUCAUAACCUUGUAAUGAAUACAUUUUCAUCAUUUCUUCAAACUUUGAGAUGGAACGUGAAUGUCUGUGUAUUUGGAUUAAUAUCUGGAGAGCAUCUGACGUCCCUCCUAAGACAUCAGCAGACACAGUCUACUAUGAAGCACCAAACAGGAGAGGACUACAUCAAAGGGACAUGAGAUGAGCGAGUAAAGUAUUUGACAGCCCUCAGGUUUUUCUUUCUCUUUUUUAAAAAUAUUGUAUGAGGAAAAAUACUGUACAUAAAUUGUUUGUCUUUUUCUCGUGUACAUGAACUUCAUUUAUGGUGGUGGUGAAAAAUGAUCAUUCGAGUUCCUGAAUGCAGUCUUGAUCUUCCCUGUUCUUACCCACAAAACCCAAACACAGCCAAAGUUUGAAGAGUUCAAGGGUGUGAUGUUAAAAUGAAACAGAUGUAAGGAUGCAUUGUGAGGGAGAUGUUUUACACAUACAGUUUGUGUGUCUUGAUACUGUACAUUUUACCAUUUGUUUGUAUGGUACUUGUAUGCCUUUUGAUCACCUCCUAAAUGGCUUUACCAGUCGAACAUGGUAACGUGUCAGCUACCCUGAAAAUGAUUGAUUCACCAAAAAUGUGAUACCAGUAGGUUGUUUUCGAUACUUGAAAUGCCUUAUUUGUGUCAAAUCAUUCAAAUGAUGAUAUUGUACAUAU